AUGCCUCUUUUUGGCUGGAUGAAAUGGUCAAAACCUGAAUCCUACAAACCCACAAGAUACCCUGGCUCAGAGGUAGUGACCAAAACGCUGCUGAGGGAACUGCGAUGGCACCUGAGGGAGCGGGAAAGGUUGGUGCAGGAGAUCGAGAGCGAGCAGAAGGUGCACAGGGUGGGCAUGGAGCACGUCUGGCUCAGGAGCCACCAGAGCCCCCAGGGAACCAUCCCGGCCACCGAGCAGCGGCAGCUGGAGCUGCUGUGCUCCCAGAUCCAGCCCUGCCAGACCGCAACCGUGCUCAGCAGGUUUCGUGAAGUUUUGGCAGAAAAUGAUGUUUUACCCUGGGAAAUAGUCUACAUAUUCAAGCAAGUUUUAAAAGAUUUUCUUACCACUAUUGAGAGAGCAAACCAACAAGACCCCGCGGCAGAUGCGUGGGAUACGAAUUCCUCCGAACAUUUUGGCCUGCGAGGAGACAGCUCUAACAAAUCGGACAAAGACGAGAUCCCCACGGUGUCCAGCUACGUGGACAAAGUCACCCAAAGCAUGUUCCCCACCUUCUCCCACCGAAUCUGGAACCUGCCCUAUUACUACCCCUCGAGUUAA